ACAAGCAGGAAACAGGAAAUGUUCACGUUUCUAGGAGGCUGAAGCCAGCGCAGCAGCUUCGUGCAAGCAAGCCGGAGGGAGUGCCCAGGCCAGCUGACAUGAAGGCUCCUCGUGCUGCCCUCCUCUGUGCCCUGAUAAUCGCGCUCUUCUUCACUGGCCAGGCUCAGGAGAAUUCUGAGGAAGAAAAAGAGUCAGGAGAUGAGUCAACAGAUGUCACCCACAAAGUGGAACCUACAGAUGAAGAUACGACUAUUAUAAGUACAGUUGCUGCACUGACCACAGAAGUAGACUAUAGGAAUAAUACCUUCGGUAAUGAGAAGGACACUCAGCUAGAGUUUAUAUUGAUGGUGUUGGUCCCAUUGGUUUUCUUGGCACUCCUACUCAUAUCAGUGGUACUCAUUGUAAUCAACUGUAAAAGAAAAAAAGCUAAACAAGAGCUGCCUUCUAGCCAAGGAUCUCAGAGUGUUUUACAGACAUAUGAACCUGGAGGCGACAACAUGAAACUCCCUAUUUUUGAGGAAGACACGCCCUCUGUUAUGGAAAUAGAGAUGGAAGAGCUUGAUAAAUGGAUGAGCAUGCAUAGAAAUGCCGACAGUGAAUGUUUACCUACUUUAAAAGAAGAAAAGGAAUCAAACCACAGCCCAAGUGAUAAUGAAUCCUAAAGCUGAAUGGUGCUAAUGUUCUCCAAGAGGAGCUGCCCGGGGUGAGCCUGCUGUGCCUGCCAACAGAGGAUGAAGAGGAUACAGAUUUAAUUAAUUUCAAAUCAACAUAGACAUAAGCACCCUCUGCUGCUUCUCCCGACGCCCACUCUUCCUAGGGAUGGCAUCACCUGUACUUGGAAGAAUGUGCUAUUGAGAAGCCCAAGGAAAAGGCCUGGCUGACACCCAUCGCCAAGGGUGGAGGAGCCUUAAGAUAACAGUCACCCCUCAUCAGAGGGUGUUCCUCCCUCUCAGCCGACCUCUCAUUGACUGCGGUCACUCUGGCCAUGCUCUCUGCGUCCUUGGUACCUUUCUGCUUCAUUCCUCAGGGUUUAAAUCAGGCAGCUGUUUUGUCUGUUUCCUUCUGGGUCACACUGUUACCUAAUUAGCCUUGGAUAAUUUCCUCUGAUUAGUCAAGUGAUAGGUCCACUGCACUCAGCAGGAAGGUUUCUCUAGGCGAGUGUCUCACGGAGAAGACAGCAAGCAAAGCAGGUGUUUUACUGUCUACAGUACACCAUCCCAGGAGGUUGGUAAACUGGCUUCUCCCUGUCAGGAGGAUGCAGUGAGAGUCCACAGUCCUGAGGAGAUGUUGUUUGGUGACCAGUGGACCCACGUCAUCCAGAUCGAGUCACUUUUGGGGACUUGUCAGAAGCAUGGGAAUCUUGGAUGAAAGAGCAAAUGCUUUCUUUCUCAGCAAAAAUCCCCUACUUGUUCACAUGUCCUCAAAGCUGGUUGUUGUUCUCACUACAGCUCCCUUGCACGUAGUAUAUAGAUAGGGGGAGUGGGGAGUGGGGGUGACCUGCCACCUUUGUAUGUCUCUGAGAUCUUUAAGGUCACUUGAAACAAGCCAAACGGGAAUAGCAAAUAAAAUAGUGGCCCAUGUCACUUGACUCACUCGGUGUUGAGACACGCUUCAUCUCAGCUUUCCAGGAAGUCGCUAUCAGCCCAUCAGAGAUGACAUUCUGUGUGAUUUCUACGUGGUAUUUGUUGACAUCCUCGCGCUAGAGGCAAUGGCACAAAAUGCAGAAGGGCCUGUUUAUCACUCCCACUCACGUAUUAUCAAUCUCCAGUUAAUCCUUAAUUUUCAAAUUCUGACCUUUAAAGCAAUCUAGCAAAUGGAGAGUCAGUCCUCCGGUCAUCUAUGCCACCUGAUACUUUAUUCCAGGAAAGAAACAAAGAAUAAAAGCUUUAUUUAUUUUACUGCUUCCCAUAUACACUGAGGGGAGAUAAGGUUCAUCAAACAUCUGCUGCUGAAUUUGGUGCCUCGUGCUUGAAAGGCUGCUUUAACACAGCCCCUCCUCCCUGUCAGAAUCCCUUACCUCAUAUGUGCCUUCUGAACUAUGCCCUUAACUUUGAAGGCAGGCUUCCAAAUCAGGGAGGUCUUGCCCCACAGUGAAUGAUAGAACUGUCUGGCCGUGUUUAACCACCGCUAUCUUGCUAUCCUGGCACUACAUAGAGCUUUGGCAAAAGACGGUCUUCGUGGUAUCUAACUUCAACAGAUUUAUCAGUCAUAUUCUCUUUGGGACAUCCUAAUAUGACAUUUUUUGUUUGUUUCCACUGCUGUUUUAUAUAUUCAUGUUGAGCUUGUGGUCCACAACUUGUGACUGUCAGAUAGUUAUGCCAACAUUGUCACUUUCUGAAUCACCA